AUGUCUUCCCGUUCAUCAUCAAUCAUAAAAGCAAAUCCCACAAAACCGAACUCAUUCUUCGGCGUUCCAAUAUGGAUUCUGCUCCUAGCUUCAACAGCAGCGUUCAUCACGUUCAUGAUUUUCAUCGCUCUCUGCAUUUGCUUCAUCUGCUUUCGUCGUCGUCGUCACAGAAAGCUAUACAAGUCCCGAUUUUCUUUGCCCAAACCAAUUGCUUCCAAGCAUUACCGUCAUCUUCGUCACGAUUCCAGCUCGUCGUCCCUCGACAAGAGGCUACUCUCAGGCAAUAUUGAUGUCUCCGGAAUUCUGAUGAACUUUGAUCGGUUCUUGCCAAACGCCGAUAACGGUAGGGAAGAUGGAGAUUUAGAAUCGAUUGUUGGAUGUUCACAUAGGAGUAAGAAUGUUUUGGGACAGAGUAUCGAGUUCGGCUUGCAGGAGAUCAUGAAGGCGACGAAUGGAUUGGCUAAAGAGAAUGCGAUUGGAAGUGGAGAUCAUGGAACUGUUUAUCUCGGUUUGUUGCGGGAUAAUACUCGAGUGGCAGUGAAGAUACUAAUAAGCUACAGCUGUCAAAGUGAGGAUUUUGCACUGCAAAUGGAGGCAAUUGGAUCUGUACGACACAAGAAACUGGUCCAAUUGCUUGGAUAUUGUAGCGAGGGAGCUUACAGGAUGUCAGUAUCUGAAUACAUAGAUGAUGGAAAUCUGCAUCAAUGGCUUCACCACUUUCCAGGAAAAGUCAGCCCUCUAACAUGGGAGACCAGAUUGAAUAUUAUCCAGGGUGUGGCGAAAGGAUUGGCCUACCUUCAUGAGGACGUUGAACCCAAGAUUCUCCAUGGAAGCUUAAAAUCUAGUAAUAUUUUCCUUGAUCACCAGUGGAAUCCCAAGAUCUCUGAUUUUGGCCUUGCUAACCUUUUCACCGCUAAGUGGACUCCUAAUAUGAUGGAAACAUCGAGUUUCAUGGAUCCAAAAAGUCAUUCCACUAGGGAUUUCAGUGGGAGCAGUGACAUUUAUAGUUUCGGAGUCCUCAUAAUGGAGAUUAUAUCAGGAAGGACUCCUUUAGAUCAUACUCUACCCCAGGAAGAUUUAGUUCACUGGUUUAAGUCCAAGAUUGGAAAUGAAAAUAUCGACCACCUGGUGGACUCAAAAUUGCCUGAAAUGCCUCCAUCCAAGGAGCUCAAACAGAUGAUUUUGGUAUCUCUUCGAUGCGUUGAUCCUGAUGUGAAUCCAAAACUCAAAAUGGGAGAUGUGAUUCGGAUGCUUGAGCCUCGCGAUCUCCUUCUUUCUAAUGAACACGACAUUGCUAGGGAAGUUUAUGAAUACAAUCACUCGCCACAAAGUGACCCUGCCUCAGAAUUAGAAGUGUUUUUGUGCGUAUCUGGGAGAACGUUUUUGGGAAGUGAAGUUCUUUUGGGUCUUGUUGUGCCUCGAGGGAAGAUCCAGCAGGAGAAGAUGAUGAAUGAGACAGAGACCCCAGAAAUGGCUAUGGACUCAUGGGUUUCCUACGUUAUUGUCAACGAGAUGAUCAACUGA